GGGGGCGCAUGUGGCUAUAAAUCGUUUCAGGAGGAACCUGCUGGUCAGACAUUGCUCAUCCUCUUUCACACACCUUGCAGACGAAGAUUUGCUUCUCUUAAAAAAAAAUUAGCAGUUUCAGACGGCUUGCUCUAUUUCAUUUUGGCGAAAACUCCACUGGGAGUUUAGAGCAGUCUGAUUUCAGAGGAGGGGCCGGGGAAGCACUGAGAAGGUGGAGACCUGGCCACUGAGAAUGGUGGUGGCGGUCCUGCUGGGGCUAGGCUGGUUCUGCGCUCCCCUGGGGGCUCUGGUUCUGGACUUCAACAACAUCAAGAGCUCUGCUGAUGUGCAAGGGGCUCGGAAGGGUUCACAGUGCAUGUCUGACAAGGACUGCAAUACCAGAAAAUUCUGCCUCAAGCCCGAAGAUGAGAAGCCGUUCUGUGCUACCUGUCGAGGGUUACGAAGGAGGUGCCAACGGAAUGCCAUGUGCUGCCCAGGAACACUUUGCAUCAACGAUGUUUGUACUACCAUGGAAGAUGCAACCCCAAUAUUGGAAAGGCAGAUUGAUGACCAAGAGGGCAUAGAUACAAAAGGAACAAGUGAACAUCCAAUUCAGGACAACAAGCCCAAGAGGAAGCCAAGUAUUAAGAAAUCACAAGGCAAUAAGGGACAAGAGGGAGAAAGCUGUCUUAGAUCUUUUGACUGUGGACCUGGACUUUGCUGUGCUCGUCAUUUUUGGACUAAAAUGUGUAAACCAGUCUUAUUGGAGGGACAGGUCUGCUCCAGGAGAGGGCAUAAAGAUACUGCUCAAGCUCCAGAAAUCUUCCAGCGUUGUGACUGUGGUCCUGGACUGUCAUGUAGAAGUCAAGUGUCUGGCAAUCGGCAACAUGCGCGGUUAAGAGUAUGUCAAAAAAUCUGAAAAGCUGUAAAUACUUCAUAAUAAAGAUUCCUUAUUGUAUU